AUGGAAUUUACCGAAUGCAAAACUGUCCUUUUUCAUUUGCCAGAAAAAAGUUUUUUCUACGAUAUUUUUAUCAAAGUAUAUGAUUUCUACCAUCCCAUCCAUGCCUAUCUAUCAAUUUUCCUUUGCGUGUUGGGCACCAUUGCCAACUUCUGCAAUAUCGUUGUACUCACAAGGAGAACAAUGCGAACACCAGUCAAUAUGAUUCUAACAGCAAUGGCGUCUUGUGAUACUGUAGUGUUAUUUUCCAAUUUAAUCUACACUACACACUAUUCGUUUGUCGCUUUCAAAUUUUGUCAUCCGAAACAUUGGUCAUAUUCAUGGGCCUUAUUUCUGAUUGCUCAUGCUCAUCUUUCUCUAGUUGCACAUUCUUCAAGUGUAUGGUUAUCAGUAAUGCUUGCUCUCAUUCGAUAUGUAACUCUGAGGAGUAGGGGGAAUAUGGGUGGAAUGCAAGUGACACUGAAACAUUCAUAUUAUGCAGUAGCUGUGACAGUAUCACUGGUAGCAGUGCUGAAUGCUCCCAACUUUUUAAAUUAUAAGAUCAAUGAGCAACCACUAAAUGAAACAUGCAGUGAUCUGGAUCCUAAAUACUGGAAUUCUCCUGCGUAUCUACCUGGAAUAGCAGAUAUUGCAAAAGCCAAUAGUUGUUUGGUUUUCCGAUUAUCAUAUUGGAUAUCCGGUCUGGUAUUCAAGUUGUUACCAUGCGGACUACUGUCGUUGUUUGUUUGGCUGCUUCUGAGGAUUUUAAGAGAAGUGCGUGAGAAUCGACAACGACUUUUGAAGAAUUCACAACACCGACCUCCGAACCAGACGACGACUCGAAAUGGUCAGAGAUUGAGCAUUUCGGUGGCUGGAAAUGAAAAACUGGGACGGAACGGAAGCUUACGGGGAAGAGGAGAACGGGUUGACAGGACAACUCAUAUGCUUUUGGCUAUUGUAGCAGUUAUGCUGAUGACUGAAUUACCACAAGGAAUUAUGGCAGUGCUAUCUGGAAUGCUGUCUGAGGAGUUUAGAAUUUAUAUCUACAACAACUUGGGUGACAUUCUGGAUUUAUUCUCUCUUUGCGGAUCCUGCUGUUCUUUCAUCAUCUACUGCUCAAUGAGUGGACAAUUUAGAAACGAAUUCCAUCGUGUCUUCAUUCCAACCAAAAUGAAGUGCCUCCGAAUGCCAUCACCCUCGAUUCGCCGCCCAUCCGAUGCUUACAGUACCACUAAAAUGACUUUUCUGAAACCAAAUGAAAAGAUGAACGGAAACGGCAACGGAAACUAUUCGGAUGAUACAAGGUCAGCAAGUGUGAAAAUGGUCGGAGUCCAAGUGCGACGAAAUAGCACUGAAAUAACUCGAAUGACUGGAUGUGAUUCUUUGACUCCUUGCUCACCAAUGCCCGCUUCAUUCCCAUCGUCUCCACUUCCACCUAUUCGAAGUGGAGAUGACGAACCGACUGAUGAGACAUCACAUCUUCUCAACAAUUCUGGACCCAACUCAACAGCCAGUGCUGAUGGUAUUCAUGGACACUUUCAGAACAUCUAA